UCAUUUUUCUGUGCCCUAAUUUUGCUGUUCAAUGGAAGGUGCUGUCAAUGACCGUCUCGAAUUCGGGAAAAUGGGAUACGGAUGCAAGCAUUACCAGAGGAGAUGCAAAAUUCGAGCUCCCUGCUGCAACGAGAUCUUCGCUUGCCGUCACUGCCACAACGAGGCUAUGAGCACCCUCAGCAACCCCCUUGAUCGGCAUGAUCUUGUUAGGCAGAAUGUUCAGCAAGUCGUUUGUGCGGUUUGUGAUACUGAGCAGAAGAUUUCUCGGGUCUGUUCGAACUGUGGUGUCAAUAUGGGUGAAUACUUCUGUGAAGUCUGCAAGUUCUACGAUGAUGAUACUAGCAAAGGGCAGUUUCAUUGUGUUGACUGUGGGAUUUGCAGAAUUGGUGGCCGUGAGAAUUUCUUUCACUGCAAGAAGUGUGGUUCUUGCUAUUCGGUUGGUCUACGCGAUAAUCACUUGUGUGUGGAGAACUCCAUGCGACACCACUGUCCUAUCUGCUAUGAGUAUCUUUUUGACUCUCUGAAAGAGACAAUAGUUAUGAAGUGUGGCCAUACGAUGCACAUGGAAUGUUAUAGGGAGAUGAUGAAACAUGAUCAAUUUUGUUGUCCCAUAUGCUCAAAAUCAGUCGUUGACAUGUCUAAAGCCUGGAGGAAAAUAGACGAGGAGAUUGAGGCGACCGUCAUGCCUGAAGAUUACCGGUACAAAAAGGUGUGGAUCCUCUGUAAUGAUUGCAAUGACACUACCGAAGUCUUCUUUCACAUAAUUGGGCAUAAAUGCAGUCACUGCCGUUCCUACAAUACCCGCACCAUUUCCCCGCCAGUUCUCCCUUGGUGACCAGAUCAUUUGAAGUGGAAGAUCCAUUCAUUUCUGCUUGGAGUUAUACAUUCUUUGCUAGCC